CUCUGCACUGGAUUUUUAAAUGUAAAGCAGUCAGGACUCGGAUGCAGUGAGUCUCCCAGUGCUGAGGAGCCAAAAAAAAAAAAGGAACUUUUACUGUACGCUUUUGUUAUCUCCCGGGAGGGGGGCUCAUUCUCUUUACAGUCCCUCCGCCAUCUUGCCGCCCUGCGCGCAGCCCAUGUGGGGGUUUUGUCUGGUUUGGCCCCAACUCUAAAUCUUGACCGCGAGAGGGGCUUUCGUGACCCCCCAAACAAGAGGGUGAAAAUGACGCACUUAUCCGUCAACGAUCACUUGGAGGGGAUCCUCUCCGAUUUUGAAGCUUUGAAAAGGUCUUUCGACAUGGAGGACAUUGAUGACACUCCUGUGUUUUCACCAACGUCUACGCAUAGCUCUCCCUUCUCUCCAAGUCAAAAUAGUGUAACCAGAGCAAGCAAUGGGGACAGCCAAAAAACGACUGGAUCCCACCAGCCACUCUAUCAGUCCCGUAUCCGCAUCAGCUCAAGCUGUAGCCCGUCCCAGAGUCCAGUUCUCAAAAGCAGGAUCACCAGCAGUAUGUCCUUCAACCGUGGUAUGACGCAACUUGCCAAGACCAAUGGAUCGGCAGGGCAAAGCCUUACCCGAGUUUCUUCAUUCCAGACUCGGCUUCAUCCCAGCGGCUUUUCAUCCUCUGGUCAAGGCAGCGAUAGCGAAAGUCUCCACAGUUCCACUUCUAGUUUAGAGUGUCCACCACCUACAAAACCUUUCCAGCCAAUCCGUCCAACACCGAAUUCAGUGGGCCAGCAUGGGUCCAGCAUCACAAUCUCUAAUGUGACCAGUCCAGUCCUUAAAAAAUUUUCAUCACAUGGAAAUGUGUUUCACUCAGAGAUCGAGCGGCCAGGGGUCCGUCUAGUACCCGUGACUUCUAAAAACCAUGGCUCUUUGCCAUCUCUUGACCUUCAUAUUGCUGAAGACAAUGUUCCUGACCUGGUUCCUUCUCCAGAUGCUGGCUAUCCACCAUCAGAAGGAUGGAGCUCUCCCACUCCAGAUUACAACCGAUCUUCUUCGAGGAAUACCAAAUCCAUUAGCAGGGAGCCUUCAUUCUCCUCAUCAUCAUCCUCCUCUUCACCUCCCACUGAUUGCGCACCCAUCAACUGUGACAUGACUUCUUCCCCUUCUCCACCACCCAUCUUUGGUCCUCUUCAGCAAACCACUCUUCAGAAGUUCCCAUCACCUCUUCAUAGCUCUUUCGGUAAACCUAAUGGAUCCACCCCCGAGCAAUUUAAUAGGCCAUUGCCUCGGACACAGCUUAGAGUUAGCCUCAAUUCCACACCUGGUAUAUCUUCCCAAGUGAGCAAAGAGAAGACAGAAGUCACCCCAAAAAGUCAACCACAAAUGGCAUCUAUAGGAAGAUCAAGCUCUCUUAAUUAUAAGGCUCCAGUGUCACCUAUUUCAGGUUCUCGUCGGACACCUUCUGUCCAACACGAUUCUCCUCAAGAGCCAAACCUUAACCAUAACUUGAAGCCAUCUGAAUUUCAUUCCUCAAGUGAACGACUCCGAUUCAUGAUGCAGAGGGCAAAUUCCUUUACUAAAGCUGAUAAUGUUCAGAAUCAGUAUGUUAGAGAUGUUUUGGUCAAUGAGAAGUCAACUGGUCACCCCACUGACCCCAUCAAAACUGUUCAAGAGCCUUCUUGCUAUGAAAAAUCAUCUUUCACUGCCAGAAUACAAGGGAGUGGACACCCAGCAUCUAUGGCCUAUCUUCAAGGUAACAAGCAAAACCAGAGGUUCCCAGAUGCAGCUUUGGAUUCCAGAAAUGGGGUUUCACCUAUAAAGAGUGAGCCUCAAAAUAUGGCCCCGCUUGAUGUAACUCCUUUCAAACAACCUGAGGGCCAGCUAAGAUUAUCUAAAGACCUUGAAGAAGAAAAACUCAAGACCACAGAUUCAGGUUUGGAAGAUUUCGAUCACAGCCCCAGACCGGAGAGCGCCGGCAGCCCGAUGGAAGAGGUGAUCCUGGCCCCGGCCGUAGAAGACAGCAUGGAGGCCAAGAUAUGCGACGAGCUGGGCCGGGAGCCCUUCGGCUAUGUGGGGAUCGACUCGGUGCUGGACCAGAUGAAGCGCAAGGCCAUGAAACACGGAUUUGAGUUCAACAUCAUGGUGGUGGGUCAGAGCGGUUUGGGGAAAUCCACAUUGGUGAAUACUCUCUUCAAAUCAAAAGUGAUUCGCAAGACUCCCGGUGCCGGUAUCCCUAAAACGCUGGAAUUAAAAGCUAUCAGUCAAGUGAUCGAGGAACGAGGAGUGGAGAUGAGACUCACCGUCAUUGACACACCAGGAUUUGGGGAUCAGAUCAACAACCAGAAUUGCUGGGACCCAAUUAUCAAAUACAUCCAUGAACAGUAUGAGAAGUACCUGAGAGAGGAGAUUCUGGUGAACCGGAAACGUCGUAUUCCUGACUCCCGGAUCCACAGCUGUAUCUACUUCAUCCCCUCAACGGGCCACUGGCUAAGACCGCUGGACCUCGAGUUCAUGAAACGACUAGGUCGCAUUGUAAACGUUGUACCGGUUAUUGCAAAAGCCGACACACUCACAUUGGAGGAGAGAGAAGAGUUUAAGCAGAGGAUAAGGAAGGACCUGCAGGCCCACGGCAUCAGUGUAUACCCACAGCGGGAACUGGAUGAAGACACAACAGAGGUGCUACUCAAUGACAAAAUUCGGGAGAAAAUCCCCUUCGCCGUGGUAGGUACCGAUGAGGAACACCAGGUCAACGGCAAGAGGGUCCUGGGACGGAAGACCAAGUGGGGCAUCAUCGAAGUUGAGAACACGUCACACUGUGAAUUUGCUGAUCUGAGGGAUUUGCUAAUCAGAUCCAACCUGCAGGACCUGAAAGACAUAACCCACAAUAUACACUACGAAGCCUACCGCGUCAGCCGACUGAAUGAAAAGAAUGGCGGCACAGCACAGUUGAAAGACGUGUCCAGUUUAUGAGUCAUCGUUGCCGAUAUCUGGAGCAAUGUGCCUAAACCACGAACUGAGAAAUUCACUGCCAAUCUAUGACACAGACUCUCUGAGUUUUCGGGGAUGGUCCAUCCAACAAACAUACAAAGAUAUUGCUUACAAAGGCCUGCAACUCUUUCCAUGUCUAUCUAUGAGACACACCAACUACUUGCCGAUCUAAGACCUAUCAAUUCUUUGCCUAUUUAGGACAAACGUCAACUCAUUGUCUGUCUGCGAGACUCACCAACCCAUCACCUAUUUAAAAGAAACACCAACACAUUGCCUAUUUAUAAAGAUAUAAAUUGUUGUCUUUCUUGCUAGUCUACAUAACAGAAACUUCAACUUGUUGCCUAUUCAUUUUUGAGAUGCACCAACCCAGUGCCUUUCUAAGACACGCACCAACUCUGGCAUAUUCAUCUGUGAGAUGCACCAACUGAUAGACCCAACAAAUCAUUGCUUCUUCAUCUAAAAGAGCCAAUAAUUCAUUGUCUAGCCAUCUUAGAAGGCCCAUCAAGUCACUGCUUACCGAAGAGAUGCACCAGUUUUGUUUUUAUGACAACAACUUGGAUAUCGAAAAAGAGUUACCAAGCUUUUGUCUAAGAGAUCUGCCAACUUGUCUAUCUAGGAGAGCAACCAACUUGGCUAUCCAAAGACUUGCCAACUUUGUCUAUCUAACAUACCUACCAACUCAUUUUAGGUGACACACCAACACUUUGCUUAUCUAAGAGUCACACCAGUUCUUUGUUUAUAUGACAACUUGCCUAUCGGAAAAAGUAUAUAAAGCUUUUGUCUAUCUAAGAGCCCUACCAACUUGUUUAUCAAAGAGAGAAACCAACUUGACUAUCCAAAGACUUGCCAACUUUGUCUAUCUAACAUACCCACCAACUCGUUAUAGGAGACACACCAACCCUUUGCUUAUAUAAGAAACACACCAGUUAUUUGUUUAUAUGACAACUUGCCUAUCGAAAAAGUAUACCUAGCCUUUGUCUAUCUAAGAGCCCUACCAACUUGUUUAUCAAAGAGAGCAACCAAUUUGGCAAUCCAAAGACUCACUAAAUAUGUCUAUCUAAGAUA